AACAUCCCCCCCACCCCUCCCCAAAAGCACCCACCCGAAAAAGAAAUAAAAGCGCUUCCCCCGGCAGCAGCUCCUGCUGCUCCACUGCCCUGCAGCAGCUCGCUUUCAGACCCACCGAUAAAAGCGAGGAGAAAGCCAGCUCCUCCCAUCUCUUUCAUCUCCGUUGCCAUUUCUUUCCUAUUGAUUUCCUCUGCAACACCAUCAGCGACAACCAUAUCAGACAAAACUUGGCAACAUCAGCAGCGAUGAAGUAGAGAGAGAUUGGAUUCAGAUAUUUUUUUUUUUAACUAAAGAGCGAUAAAAAAUCUGGAGAAGUUAAUGAGAGAGUACGGAAGUGCAUGGUUGGCCGGUCGCUUUUGACCCGCUGCUUUUUAGCAAAGCUGAAGCCGAUGCAGAGGAGACCGCAGGAAGAAGAGAAGGGAAGGAAAAAAGCUUGAAUCUUUGAAUCUUUAGCCAUUAGCCCUCGAUCUCUCCGCCGUAUCCGAUAUCCACUGAGCUGGUUCUGCUGCUGCUUGCCUGGUCUCCCGCCUUUCACGCUGGCCUGGCCUUUUCCUUUCUCGUUAGAAGAGUUUUAAAACGUUUCUUUCGUCUUCUUAUCUCAUGGCCACCACCGCCAUGCAUCAUUCCACCGUUGCCGUGCUUCUGCUCCACCUUGUUGGGCUGGCCCUAAUUAUCGUUGCUUGGUAGUUUUCUUUGCUCCCUCUGCUUUGGUUUUUUGGGUUCAGGGACGAUGGGGAUCGAUCUGAACACGGUUGAGGAAGAGGAGGAGGAGGAGGCGGAGCUACCGCUACCGGCCGCUGCGCAGGUCCCGCGCCAGGAGCAACACCGUGCUUCGCCGCCGGCGGCCGGAGCGGAGGCGUUGUGCCUGGAGCUGUGGCACGCCUGCGCGGGGCCGCUGAUAUCGCUGCCGAGGAAGGGGAGCGUGGUGGUGUACCUGCCGCAAGGGCAUCUUGAGCACCUGGGGGAUGCCGCCGGCGGCGGCGGCGGCUGCGGCGGGCUCUUCCGAUACGAUUUGCCGCCUCACGUCUUCUGCCGCGUCAUCGACGUCAAGCUCCAUGCUGAUGCAGCUACGGACGAGGUUUAUGCGCAGCUCUCUCUGGUUGCCGAAAGUGAGGUGGUCGAGCGGCAACGACGCGAGGGCGAAGUUGAAGGAGAUGGGGAAGUGGAAGAUGUUGAUGGUCUUCAUAGGUCUUUGAUGCCUCAUAUGUUCUGCAAGACCCUCACCGCCUCCGACACAAGCACUCAUGGAGGAUUCUCUGUGCCUCGCCGAGCCGCUGAGGACUGUUUCCCGCCUCUGGAUUAUGUGCAGCAGAGACCUUCACAAGAACUUAUUGCGAAAGAUUUGCAUGGUGUUGAAUGGAGGUUUCGACAUAUUUACAGAGGUCAACCACGCAGGCAUCUUCUUACCACAGGAUGGAGUGCGUUUGUCAAUAAAAAGAAGCUUGUCUCAGGGGAUGCGGUGCUCUUUCUUCGUGGCAAUGAUGGGGAGCUCAGAUUGGGAAUCAGGAGAGCAGCUCAACUUAAGAAUGGUACUCCUUUUUCAACACCUUGUAGCCAGAGCUUGGAUCUAGGCAAACUGGCUGCUGUGGCUAAUGCUGUCUCCACCAAAAGUGUAUUUCAUAUCUAUUAUAACCCAAGGGCAAGCCCAUCAGAAUUUAUAGUUCCAUAUUGGAAGUUUGCAAAGAGCUUCAGCCAUUCGUUUUCCAUUGGAAUGAGGUUCAAGAUGCGAUAUGAAAGUGAGGAUGCAGCCGAGAGAAGGCACACAGGAUUGAUAACCGGGAUUGGUGACUUGGACCCUGUAAGAUGGCCUGGUUCAAAAUGGAGAUGUCUGUUGGUGAGGUGGGAUGAUGAUGUGGAUACUGGUCGUCAGAAUAGGGUGUCUCCAUGGGAGAUCGAGCUAACAAAUUCGAUUUCAGGCCAUAAUAGUCUCUUAGCACCGGGUUCCAAGAGAACCAAACUCUCCCUUCCCAUGGUCGAUCCGGAUUUUCCAGUUCCGAAUGGAAAUGGGUGUCCAGACUUUGGGGAAUUUGCAAGGUUCCACAAGGUCUUGCAAGGUCAAGAAUUUAUAGGUUUCAGAACUCCUUAUGAUGGUAUUGAUGAAUCAAUUUCACAGGAAACUGAGGUAAGAAAUCAUCAAUACUUUGAUAUGAGGAGAUCCACCACCAAUGCGAAUAGCUGCAUGUCAGGUGGUCCAAGUAGUGGGGUCAGAGUUCCAGUUGGAAAUUCUGAUUUGCCCUACAAGUGCACAGGCUUUAGUGAAUCUAGUGGAUUCCAAAGGGUCUUGCAAGGUCAAGAAUUAGUUCCAGAAAAUCCGCCAUACCAAGGAGCAAUAGUUAAUAUUCAUUCAAGAUAUGGUGAGUUUGUCUCAAUUGAUGCUCUGCGUACAUCUGGUGCUGGAAAUAGAUGUCCUGCACCAAGCCAGGGAUGUACUCUUCUACAACCACUGAGGCUGCCAGUUCAAGCAUUAUCUCCAUCUUCUGUGUUAAUGUUUCAACAAGCAAGUUUUAAGCCUCCAUGCUCUCAGUCAUUGUAUGACAUGAAUCAGAGGAGCAAGGAUGAUGGAGCAUUGAGCAGAAAAGACACAACAUCCUUAUACUACCGGCCCCGUUAUGUAGAGGGUGAAGUCAUCAAUGAACACCACAAAGUGGGAGUCCAUUCUUCUGUACAUGCUUCUAAGCCAGAGUUAAGAAAUGACAAAAAAAUUAGCAGCAGUGCUUGCAAGCUUUUUGGUUUUCCCCUGACUCAGAGGAUUCCCUUGACAAAUGAAGUGGAUAGAAUUGAAAGAAAUUUUGAAACCAAUUUCCCAACUUCAAAGUCUCAAAUACCUGCCAAACCUCUUGGGCGCAGCUGCACUACUGUGCUGCAGGUUCACAAGCAGGGGAGUGUUGUAGUCAGGGUUGUUGAUCUCUCAAAGCUUGAUGGAUAUGAUGAACUGAUUUGCGAGCUUGAACAAUUGUUUGAUAUGAAAGGACUGUUAAAUGACCCACAUAGAAAAUGGAAUGUUGUCUAUACUGAUGAUGAAGAUGAUAUGAUGCUAGUUGGGGAUGAUCCUUGGCAGGAAUUUUGCAAAAUUGCUUCAAAAAUAUUGAUAUGCACAAACUACGAGGAAAUGCUGGCAUGUGGGGAUGAAGCCCGCGGUUGCUCAGAUCAACCAUCUUUUCCCUUCAAUAUUACCAGGUUUUCCUUGGGAUCCAGUAAAUCUUCAUCAUUGUCAACAUAAGAGAAACUUUGUGGGCCUGAAACUAUGGUAGUGUUAGACUUGGAAGUAAAUUAUCGUAACCGUGUGGCUUGUCUUGGCAUCUAUCUUUACUCUGCUCUUGUUGCUAGAUUUGUCCAAGAAGCUUAAGAAGGAAUUCUACUCUUUAGUUUUUGUUGUAGGGUUUGCUGCAAUGUUGGUGCUUUGUCAUGACAGUUUUCUGAACUCUUAACGCCACAGGGCUUCUUUGGCCUCUGCAAUUUUUGUCCCUGUAUUUUGUUGCCUUACUGAUAUUUCUUGUGCA